AUUAAGAUAUCACUUCCGGCGGGGAGGGGCUGCUACGCGUAGAGGAAGCUACGACUGCAAGGCCUGCGAGCUCUAAGCAGCCACAGCCAGCAAUACGCGAUUUGGGCCAGAUACGUCCGGGAGAAGUUAGAAAACAGGAACAAAUUUGAUCAUAAACGCAGUAUUAAAUAUUCCUUUUUUGCAUGACAGCACAAUUGAGUCUCACGCUUUUGCAAACAGAUAGGGAUAGUUUGCGUUAAAUUUUCCGAUUUUUUCCCUUUGAUAAAUCGGCAAAUAACGUUAGAAUUGUCACUCCCUCUGGACUCGCCUAUCAACAUUAUUAUCAACAAUAAUAACAGCGGCUGUAACUAUAUAAAUUAACGCUAGCUAGUUACAUUAUCGAACUUUGUAUCUCCAUGAGAAAAUUAGCAGGGUAGCUAAUUAUUAUGUUACAAAGUCGCAGUUUUUGCUAACAGUGCACACAGGCCCUGCAUUUCAGGCAGAGCAUGAACGUCAGCCGGAGCAGCCAACACCUCAAAUAGCUGCAAAUAUUCAUUUGAAGCCAGAGGUUCCCUGUUGACUCCGAUCAUGGCAUCGGAGGAGGCUUCCCUGCGUGCUCUGGAGAGCCUCAUGACCGAAUUCUUUCACAGCUGCACCACCAAUGAGCGCAAGAGGGAAAUUGAGGAGCUGCUGAAUAACUUCGCUCAGCAGACAGGAGCAUGGCGGUACUGUCUCUACUUCCUGUCCAAAACCCGCAACGAGUACGUCAUGAUGUACAGCCUUACAGUGUUUGAGAACCUCGUCAACAAGAUGUGGCUGGGCGUGGCCUCCCAGGACAAAAUGGAGAUCCGCAGCUGCCUGCCCAAGCUCCUGCUGUCCGAGCACAAGGCCCUGCCCUACUUCAUCCGCAACAAGCUGUGCAAGGUCAUCGUGGACAUCGGCAGGCAGGACUGGCCCAUGUUCUACCACGACUUCUUCACCAACACCCUGCAGCUGAUCCAGUCCUCCGCCAUGGCGCCGCUGGGCCUGAUCCUGCUGAAGACCACGUCGGAGGAGCUGGCGUGCCCGCGGGAGGACCUGAGCGUGGCGCGGAAGGACGAGCUCCGCAAACUGCUGCUGGAGCAGGUGCCCACCGUGCUGAGCCUGCUGACCAGUAUUCUGGAGACCAUCUGGGACAAGCACAGCGUCACAGCCAGCACCCCUCCCCCCUCCCCCACGUCAGGAGACAGCGGAGAGCUCCUGGGCAGUCUGCUCCAGGGAACGGUGCACUCCAAGCUGCUGUCCCAGCCCUUGCCCCAGCUGGAGCAGGAGGACCUGCAGCUCUGCUCCCUGGCCCUGGAGUGCCUGGCCCACCUCUUCAGCUGGAUCCCCCUCUCCACCAGCAUCACGCCCUCCCUCCUGGCCACCGUCUUCCACUUCGCCCGGUUCGGCUGCGACCUGCGGGGAGGCGGGGGCCUCAAGGGCAAGCUGGGGCCCUCCAUCUACUCCUCCUCCUCCUCGUCCUCUUCCUCGCCCAACGGCGGCUCCACCGGGGGCCCGGUGAACGGCAGCACCACGCAGGCGCCGGGCGCGGGCCGCGCGGACCGGGCGCGGCUGGGCGUGCUGGCCAUGACCUGCGUCAACGAGCUCAUAUCCAAGAACUGCGUGCCGCUGGACUUUGAGGAGUACCUCCUGCGCAUGUUCCAGCAGACCUUCUUCCUGCUGCAGAAGCUGACGCGGGAGAACAACGCCCACACCGUCAAGAGCAGGCUGGAGGAGCUGGACGAGGGUUAUGUGGAGAAGUUCACGGACUUCCUGCGGCUGUUUGUCAGUGUUCACCUGAGAAGGAUAGAGUCCAACGCUCAGUUUCCUGUGGUGGAAUUCCUCGCACUGCUCUUCAAAUACACUUUCCACCAGCCCACUCACGAAGGCUACUUUGCUUGCCUUGACAUCUGGACCAUCUUCUUGGACUACCUGACCACCAAAAUAAAGAGCCGGCUUGCUGACAGAGACAGCGUGCUGAACAGGUAUAAGGAUGCCCUGGUGCUGCUCCUGAGGGAGGUUCUGAACAGGAUCCAGUUCCGAUACAACCAGGUCCAGCUGGAGGAGCUCGAUGACGAGACGCUGGAUGAUGACCAACAGACAGAGUGGCAGCGGUACUUGAGGCAGAGUUUGGAGGUGGUUGCCAAGGUGAUGGAGCUGCUACCCUCUCAUGCCUUCUCUACACUGUACCCAGUGCUGCAGGAGAACCUGGACGUGUACCUGGGACUGCAGCAGUUCAUCGUCACCACCGGCACAGGCCGGAGGCUGAACAUCACGGCGGAGAACGACUGCCGGCGGCUGCACUGCGCGCUGCGGGACCUGAGCUCCCUGCUGCAGGCGGUGGGGCGGCUGGCCGAGUACUUCAUCGGCGACGUCUUCACCGCGCGCUUCAACGACGCCCUCACCGUGGUGGAGAGGCUGGUGGAGGUGACCUGCUACGGCUCCCAGAUCAGCCUGUACGACCUGGAGACGGCCGUGCCGUCCGUGCUCAAGCCCGAUCUCAUCGACGUGCACGCUCAGUCCCUGGCUGCCCUGCAGGCCUACUCCCAUUGGCUGGCGCAGUUCUACAGCGAGGUGCAGCGGCAGAACCAGGCGCGCUUCAUCAACCUCAUCACCUCUGCCAUGGACGCCACCGCCCCCCUCAUCAGUGCCAAGGUGCCGGAGAAGCUGCUGCUGUCGGCGUGCCACCUAAUGGUGUCCAUUGCCACCACGGUGCGGCCCGUCUUCCUGGUGACCGUCCCGGCUGUGCAGAACAUCUUCAACCUGGUCACAGACAGCCUGGCUCGCAGGCUCCCCCCAGAGGCCCAGGUGCUGGUGUGCCGCUCUCUGUCCAACAUGCUGCUGCUGCCGUGGCCCAACCUGCCGGAGGGCGAGCAGCAGUGGCCCACGCGCUCCAGCAGCCACGCCAGCCUGCUGGCCGCGCUCACGCGCCAGUACCGCCUGCUGCGCGGCAACCAGCGCCGCAUGGGCCUGGACGACAUGAAAGUGGAGCUGCACCAGACGUUGCGUGUGCUCAGAGACAUCGUGGACAGCAUCUCUGGGGAGGCCACCAAGUCCCGGCAGAUCUGCUACCAGUCCCUGCAGGAGUCUGUGCAGGUCUCUCUCACACUCUUCCCCAUUUUCAUCCACCAGCCAGACGUGACGGACGAGAUGCUGAGCUUCUUUCUCACGCUGUUCCAAGGCCUCAGGGUGCAGAUGGGAGUGCCCUUCACCGAGCAGAUCAUCCAGACCUUCCUCAACAUGUUCACCAGGGAGCAGCUGGCUGCCAGCAUCCAGCAGGAGGGCAGCGCGGGCUGCCGGGUGGUGGAGAAGUUCCUCAAGAUCCUGCAGGUGGUGGUGCAGGAGCCCGGCCAGGCCUUCAAACCCUUCCUGCCCAGCAUCAUCUCCCUCUGCAUGGAGCAGGUCUACCCCAUCGUGGCCGAGCGCUCCUCCCCUGACGUGAAGGCGGAGAUGUUCGAGCUGCUCUACCAGAUCCUGCACCACAACUGGAGGUACUUCUUCAAGACGUCGGUGCUGGCCAGCGUGCAGAGGGGCGUGUCCGAGGAGCCCAUGGAGAACGAGGCCCAGUUCAUCGCAGCCAUGCAGGCGUUUGGCCAGUCCUUCCUGCAGCCGGACAUCCACAUAUUCAAGCAGAACCUCUCCUACCUGGAGUCCCUCAACAGCAAGCACAAGCUCUACCACAAGAAGAUGUUCCGCACCACCAUGCUGCUGCACUUCAUCAACGUGCUGCUGCAGGUGCUGGUGCACCGGAGCCACGACCUGCUGCAGGACGAGAUCGCGCUGGCCGUCUACAACAUGGCCUCCGUCGACUUCGAGGGCUUCUACUCCGCCUUCAUGCCCGAGUUCCUGAACGGGUGCCAGGGCGUGGACGCCAGCCAGCGCGCCGUGCUGGGCCGGAACUUCAAGAUGGAGCGGGACCUGCCCUCCUUCACGCAGAGCGUGCACAGGCUGGUGAACGACCUGCGCUACUACCGGCUGUGCAACGGCAGCCUGCCCCCGGGGACCGUCAAGCUAUAGCGCACCCUGCGCCGACCCGCCAACCGCCGUCGCCGCCGCUGCCGCGAACGCCACUCCCACGUGCCAUGGACACUGUCCCGGCCCCCCGCCCCGCCUGUCGCCGCGCACCCCGAUCCCCCACAGGCCCUGCCUGGCUGCUCUCACUCCCCUCGGCGAGGGGGGGGGGAAUCGGAGACGGAAGUCUCCGGAAGGACCCGCACCUUAACGUCCGCGGAUUUCAGUGGAUCUCGCCCCAGUCUCCCAUUUCACCCUUUUCUUUUUUUUUCUUCUCUCGGAAAACACGGGCUCUCCCUGGCGAGAGCGUUGUUCGCCAAUAAUCGCAAGGCCAAAGCAGGACCUGCACCUCUUCAAAGGCUCCUGCGGGGAGGGGGAGGGGAGGGGAACCUGGGGCUCAGCACUUUCGUGACUAACGAGUUUGGUUAUGACGUUCGGUUUUUAAUGAUGUCCGCUUGUUUUUGUUUCUUUUUGACUCUGCCUUCACGUCUUCGACUCCAAAGGAGACUGACUUUCAAACUCAGUUGGGUUUUGUUUCUUUGAUAUCAUUCCAUUUAGAUACAGAAGGCCGCCAUGCUUAAUCAAAGUGCUUUGGAUAUACAAACUUCUUUCGUAAAAAAAAAAAAAAAAAAAAAGCAACAAAAAAAUUUACUUUGUUAGGCCAUUGUUUUUAAUUUUAUUGCCAUUGAGGUUUGUAUUAUGAUUGUUAUUUUGGACUGUUGUGGUUUUAAUUUGAAUGUUUCUCUCUUAAUCUGUUAUGUUUGUACAGUUCUUUUUUCUUACAUUAAGGAGAUUUAUUAAAAGCUUAAUACUUUUGUUUUAAAUGUGGAAAAACUUGAACUGGAGCCCUGAUUCUUUUAUUAAGGAAAGAUUAAAGGGAAAUUCAGGGGGAAAUAUAAAGGCAUAGCCAGCCAUUCAACCAAACGCCAGAGAGGGUUUGCCAUGCAACCAAUCGCCAGGGACGGUUUGCCAUUCAGCCAAUCGCCAGAGAGGGUUUGCCAUGCAACCAAUCACCAGAAAGUGUUUGUUCAAGCAACCAAUCGCCAGGGAGUGUUUGCCGUGCAACCAAUCGCUAGAGAGGGUUUGCCAUGCAACCACUCGCCAGAGAGGGUUUGCCUAGCAACCAGUCGCCAGAGAGCGUUUGCCUAGCAACCAGUCGCCAGCGAGGGUUUGCCAUGCAACCAAUCACCAGUGAGGGUUUGCCAUGCAACCAAUCGCUAGAGAGGGUUUGCCAUGCAACCACUCACCAGAGAGGGUUUGCCAAGCAACCAAAACGGUAAAGGUGGCAGUUGUGGAACAAAUUCAGAGUGUUAGACACAAAGUCCUUAUGUUGUUAGUUUUCUAUUUUAAAAGCUCCUUUGGAGUGUGAAAUUUCUGUUGUGAAAUUUGGAGAUGUACACACAAGUGCUCUCUGAACAUGGAUGGGGAUGAAUUUCAUUUCUGUAUUGUCAGAGUUUUGUUCCGGAUGCUUUGAGAUGACACAGUUUUUAUGUGAAAUAAUCAUGGAAAUAAAUACUAUAAACUGA